CGAGAGGAACUGUAAACAUAAAGGCGGAAUGUACAAUGACAGCCAGAUUUGAGCAGGAAAAACGUCGUUUUUCCUCGCGUUCACACCCGAAAAUGGUUAAAAACUAACCUGUCGUUACCGUAGCUUGAUGUUAGCCAUCUAUCCUCUGGCUGUCACUGCAAAGGAUGGCUGUAUCUCAUCCGGGACAGUCCUCCCUGGUACACAGCCUGGCCAAGCUCCUUCGUGAAAAUGGUGACUUGGUGCUGGAUGGCAGCAGCACGCUGACCCUACCAGCUGCCAGCUUACAGCAGCUUACCAGGCUCUUUGAACAGUACUUGCUGUCCAGACACCAGCAGCAUGGCUUCCUGGCGCUGCCCUCUCACCCUGCUGAUACCGCCUCCCUGCUCCAGCUGCAGUUCCUGUUUGACAUCUUGCAGAAGACCAUAUCCCUUAAGCUCAUCAACGCACCGGGAGUGAGACUACAUUCUGCUGUGAAAAUCUUCCCUUUCAAGUCUCUCAAGUGUUUAGAGCUAAAGAGAAUCCCUCCACACCUCCUCGAAGGGUUAAGAGGAGUUUACUCCCAACUGGAAGUAUUUACUUGCUCAAAGAGCCUCAGCUCCAUGGAGGAGCUGCUUUAUCUAUGUGGAGGAGACUUGAGCUCUGCACUGCCUUGGUUGGAGCUUCACACCCUUAAUUUCAGCUACAACUCAAUAGUCUGCCUUGACCAGUCACUUAGUUUACUAAAUGUCCUGAAAUCUUUGGAUGUAAGCCAUAAUAAGAUUCAGGAAUGUGCUGAAUUUUUAAAGCCCUUGAGUGAGCUGGAGCACUUGAACCUGGGCUACAACUGCCUGCAGGGGGCGCCAACGCUGGGUCUGAGCGCAACGUCCAAGCUCCUAACGCUCAUCCUCAGGAACAACGAACUGGAAACGAUUAAUGGUGUGGAGCAGUUGUCUGCGCUGCAGCACUUAGACUUGGCCUACAACCUGCUGUUGGAGCACUCCCAGCUGGCUCCUCUCUCCCUGUUGCACUGCCUCAACACAUUAAACCUGGAAGGAAAUCCUCUAUACUUCCAGAAGACCCACCGCUCCUGCACUGUCCGACAUCUCUCCCCGAAGGCGGCCAGCCUCAGAUUAAGACUAGAUGGAACCCCACUCUCCUCCUCUGAGUUGUCAGUGCUUCCAAAAGCAGGCAAACGGAUCGUCCAGACACAGACUUUUGCAGCAGUUACCGUCCCACCAGAGCCAGGUAAUCAGGAGGCGUCCAGUGGAGCAGGAGAUCUGAGCGACAGCCUGUCUGUUGGAGACGGAAGGGCCUCACGCUUGCGGAAGAAGAAGUCCCGGAGCAAGGUGAAGGUGCGCAGGGCCAGCAUAUCCGAGCCCAGUGACACGGAUUAUGAGUCCAGACCCUUGUCCUCCGCACAGGACAUUGUUCUUCCCCACCAGCAGGAGAUCGAGCGCAUGUCCAGCUUCAGGGACCAGCUGGGGGAAGACUGGCUACGAUAUCAACACCAUCUAGACGGUGGAUCAACCACUAGCGUCACUACGGCUGCAGACACACACCGUCCAACUUCUAACUGUCAAACCCUCCCCAACGGCUUCGGCGCCUCCGCCCUCUGUCCGCACGCCGAUCCUGGCCUGCAGCCGUCUCCGUUGUCCAACGUGGAAGUCCCAGAAGUCCCAGAAAUCCUCCCACCACCACUUCUCUCCUCAGAACGGAGGAUAGAAGCCGAUGACAUGGAGCACGACCUGGAAACAGACUCCACCUUGCAGUGGCCUGGUCACAGUAGUCAGCACACGGAGUCCACUCUGGAGGGCAGCACGGCGGACGGCUUCGCCGUGAAGCAGGAAGUGGUAACUCCACCUCAGUCGAGCCCUGAAUCCCAGAGAUCUGCUACGAGAGUGAGUGGAGAUGUCCAUCACGUUGAAGAAGAGGACUUGGGAGUUGACCUGUGUCACCCCCUGCUCGUUGGAGUUCUGUCUGGCAAAGAGGAGAAAGGCGGUGAAAGUAAGGAGAGCAGGAAGAAGAGAAGAGAGGUUUUCUUGCGAGUUAAGCCUGGACUUCUGCUGGAGGUGGACGUCCAACAAGGCCAGGAGAGGUGUCGUCUGGAGCUGGACAGCCUCGCUCGGGUGGAGACAACCGAGGCUGCCUGGACCCAAGUUUUUCAGGAUACUGAAAAUCUGUUACCGGCCGUGGAGCUUCAUUUCGACUACAUCAGCAAGUCAAAGAGGAGGAGAUGCUACGUCCUGCUGGACGAUGACCCACAGCAGGCAGCACAGACUUUAACGGGUCUACUGUCCCACGUGGCGGAGGAAAACCAGCGCCGCAGCUCGGAGGUCGACCCGCGCUGCGUUCGUCUGCAGUGCCUUCGCUGCAGGUCCGAGUUCACGCCUCGGGGCAAGGCUGGAGAACACGGAGCUCUGGGGAGAUGGAGGAAGACGGGGGAUGUGAUGCUGCCAGAGGGGGAGGAAGAACCGGGUGAGGCCAUGCUGAUGGAGGCCGAGGGUGAAGGAGUCAAUGGAGAAAGUCCUACUUGUCCAGAAUGUGGCAGCGACCAUGUGGUUCAGGUGGCCGAGCUGUCGACCCCCUACAGCAGCACGCCGGUGUAUCAUCAGUUGCGUCCUGACGGCCAAGACGACCAUCUGGACAUAACCCAGGGUUCUCCCAGUGUCAACAAGCAGGAUGAUUUCACGGACGCCAGCAUCAGCAGCAGUCCCAUCCAGGACGCUGCCACCACCACAGGAGAUCCCACAUUCGUCACGGCCCGAGGAAGCUCCUUCUUCAUCGGAGAAGGUCCAGACGACACCAGCAGCCUCUCGUACAACACAGAAUGCCAAAGUAAAGAGGAUCUAGCAGGAAGUUACCACUACACCGCCACGGGUACGACGCCACCUCCAGGCCAGCCUACGGGCCGAUCCACUCCCAAAGAUGAGCUGGAUCUACUUUCCGAGGACUACGAGGCGGUGGACCAUCGACUAAAGCUUUUCUUGGAUGUAGACGUCUUCGAAGAGGAAGAGGAGCUUCACUCCUACCUCAAGAUGUCAGCAGUUAAGUUUGGGGAGCCUGGAGAGGUUCCUUCGCUGUUGGUCGUGUCAAACCAGAGGAUCUAUUUCCUGGAAAUGAGAUCAGACGUGCACAGAGGUCUGCUCACUGACUGGCUGCAGAAGAAGGAUAACUACCCAAUUCUGGAUCUCAGCUACCUAGAGGUGGGGCUGGGUUCCCAGAGCAUCCACAUGGAGUUUGGUGACGGAGGUGUGGCUUACACACUUCUGGUGAGGGACAGCGUGCGCUGCAAACGCUUCUUUGGCCUUUUGACAGGAAUUGUUCGUGAGAUGGUCCACAAAUCCGACAGCAAGCUGAAGUCCAUCUCCACCACCAGACUGUCCCCCCAGCACCACCUCUGGCCGCUGGUGUGUGAAGACAUCCAGGCAGAUGUGGAGGACGGACAGCUGCAGUUCUUCUACGUUCUGGCUUUUCUCCUGCAAGAGGACGUUUGGAUACCUGUGACGGUUCUGGCGACUCGAGAGACGCUCUACCUGCUCAAAGAGGAUCACCAGUGGAGGAAAACCAGCUCGGCGGGGAGCGAGGACACCGGACCGUGCAGCGGCGGCGUCUCCGUCUUAGAAACGCUGCCCAUCAGCUGCGUGAGCUCGGUUCUGCAGUACGAAUCAGACCAGUGCAGGAUGGACGUGAAGCUCUACGAUGAGACUGUGAAACAGGAGAAGACGUGGCGUGUGCGCUCAGAGAGCGCAGAGCUGCUGCAGGGUCUGCUGGCCUGGGUCAGGGCGCAGUGGGAGGCCAUGUUCGGAGUGAAGCUGCUCACAAGUCUGCAAGACAAAGCGGCAUAAUGGAGGAGUGCAAACAAACAAACAAAAAAAAGAAAAAGUUAACAGGCUGUGUGUUUUGUGAAGUCUGCGUUGGUGAUGGAGAAAAGAAGUUUAGUGAGCAUGAGUGAGUGUGUCUUUAUUUUCUCCCCUCUCAGUCUGCACUCAGUCUGGUCCCAUUACGCUCGUCGCUCCAAGCCAAGAGCUUGGAAAUGAUUGCACUCAUUCAUGUGGUACACAAGCCUGUAAAAGCUCUGGUUGCAUAAUUUAUCCUCGAGAAAAACCAUCCUACUGAACUUUUCUACAGCUGAAAUGGAGUGUGCCUUGUUUCUUUUGUGGAUCCCAUGUUCUCCUGUUGAAAUGGACCUAAAUGUACGUCAUCUUGCUUUUAAAAACAAGAAACACCUGCAGCAUUAAGCAAAUGUGGAGCAGACGUUGGCCGGCUGGAAUUAAGGGCAUUAGGUUGGGAUAAAGAAAUGCUCUCUGUCUCUCAGGAUUUGUUUUGGGUGGGUGGGCGGGCGGGGGGGGGGGUGAGGAUGCAGCGAGUUCAGGCGUCAUGCGCUAAACACGAGGAUGGAGGAGUCCAGACUCCCUCUCAAGCAGCGAUACCUCAAAUCAGUUUAGGUGUCAGAAAUCAGUGUGGCUUGUCAUAUCUAAACACGAGCAGUUCUUACAUUAAAACCUUGCAGAAAUAUCUAUACUAAUAUACAACACGUGUUUUGCGUCUGGGUCUUGUUUCGAUUAUUUUCAGAGAAAGUCUUUGCACUCAUCCACUUUUCUGACUAUCUCAGUUAAAUCUUCUGGUUUGUUUUUGUUCUUUAUUCCACAUCAUAGCUUAAAGUUUGAAACAGGACUGUUACGUCUGUGCUGAGCGUACAUGUAACCACUGUGAUUUGAAUCUCUAUAUCAACUUAAUGAAGCCAGCACUAUUAAUUUAGCCAAAGCAGUAUUAAUUUAUUUUGAAGUCCUCCACCCUUUUUUUUUUUUUUUUUUUUUUUUUUUUUCUCUUUCUUGUAAUUAAUUGAUGCAGA